AUGGCCAGCUUCAAUCCGUUCGCCUUUCGGCCGUGGCCCGUCUUCUUCUGGACCACGGUGACCUAUCUCGCCGUCCUCAUCCCGCUCCUCUACGUUCACGAGACAGUCCCCGCGAUUCCCAAAGAAAAGGCGCUGCCGGCUGGUGUCAACCUGACGGACGCCUGGGUCGACCUGCAGCGCAUCACCGCGCACUACCACCCGUACAACAGCCACGCCAACGACGAGGUCCGCGAGUACCUCGCCCGCCGCUCGAAGCAGAUUCUGGACCAAAACAAGAUUCCCUACACCGUUGACCACUCUGGCGGUCGUGUAUGGAGCGCUGAUUUCCGCACUGUUGACGGUGCUCGCACGGAGGCUGCCGACAGAGCGCCUGGCGUGACUCUGUUUGAUGACCAAAUCUCCAACGCGACAUUUAUUACCGAAAGCACCGUCAAGGGCCGAAGUUCCGGCGCCUCAUCUGGGCAAUAUUUUGAGGGCACCAACUUCUAUGCCUACAUCCACGGCAAGGAGGACCCCGAAGGCGAGUGGUGGAACUCCGAGGACGCCGCCGAGACUUUCCGAGGCAAAGGUGGUGUCCUUGUCAACUGCCACUACGACUCUGUCGCGACGGCCUACGGCGCUACUGACGAUGGUAUGUCUUGCAUCAGUCUUCUCCAGCUGCUGAGCCACUAUACAACCGAGGGCAACCAGCCAAAGCACGGCAUCGUUCUGCUGUUCAACAAUGCCGAAGAAGACGGUCUGCUCGGAGCUAUUGCCUUUGGCUUCAGCCCGCUGCGCCAGUUUUGCCACACAUUUGUCAACCUCGAGGGUGCUGGAGCUGGCGGUCGCGCCAUGUUGUUCCGCACCACGGAUCUGGAGGUUGCCAAGGCGUACGGCUCAAGCCCCUAUCCUUUUGGAUCCAUCAUUGCUGCCGACGCGUUCGAAGCAGGUGUGAUUCAAAGUGGUACCGACUAUCAGAUCUUCGCAGGCCACUACGGUCAGCGCGGUAUGGAUAUUGCCUUUUACGAGCCUCGCUCGCGCUAUCACACCGAAGACGAUGACACUCGGCACGCCUCGGUGAACAGCAUAUGGCACAUGCUCUCCGCUGCUCUGUCGUCCACAAAGUCGCUCUCCGACACCAGCGGCACAAUAUUCCACGGCGAUCGCUCCGAUGGCAGAAACGACCUGGUUCAGAACGGUAGACCGACGCGUGGUGUAUGGUUCGACUUUCUCGGACGCGCCUGGGCCACAUUUGCGCUUAGGGGUCUUUUUGCCUGGACCUUGACGCUCCUCAUCGCGACGCCUCUCAUCCUGUUUGUUAUCACCGUCCUUCUCAUCAAGCAGGAUAAGUACUACUUUUUCGCGAGCAGCACCGAAGUAGACUCCGGAGUCAGCGAUGGCCUGCUUGCACUCAACGGCUGGCGAGGAUUGUUCCGUUUCCCUUUUGCUUUGAUUUUUGCAUGUGCUCUCACAUUUGGCUCAAUCAGACUCGUGGGUAAAGUGAACCCACUCAUCAUUUACAGCAGCAGCUAUGCGGUCUGGGCCAUGUCAAUGUCAAUUUUUUACUCUUCGUUCUGGCUUAUCAUGCGAGGUUCCAGCUACGUCCGCCCCAGUGCCCUGCACCGCGGCUACACUUUGAUCUGGCUUUUUGCGAUAACCUGGGCCUUCCAGAUCUUUGUCGCCGUCUGCGAGGACCGCUUCCACGUGGGAGCGUUUUACUUUGCCGCCUUCUUCCACACCGGCGUUUUCUUGGCCCUUCUUGUUUCCCUUCUUGAGAUGUUCGCGCUCCCAUCCAAGGCUGUCUUUGCUAGACAAGUACAGGACGCAGACCCGCCAAACAAUCAUGUUGCGAGCAACAACCAGGAGAACGACGAGGAGACCGAUGCAGAGGACGAGGCGACUGAAACCACCCCGCUCAGAGCUGACGAAGAGGGCUAUGGCGGUGCUGACAGCGACGACCAAACCACUUUUGCUACAGCUUAUAGAAGAAGAAAUGUUCCCGAUGAUGAUGGCGAUGACCCUGUUAGCAAGCCAGCACCCACGCACACCGCGGAGGCCAACGAGCAAUCCUGGUCCGCUUCUCUUCCUAGCUGGGUUUGGUUUAUUCAGCUGCUUCUUCUUGCUCCUAUUCACCUGAUUAUCACUGGCAACACGGCCCUUGUUCAGACCGCGGCCAUGGCCCAGACGAGCGUCGACGGUAGUGCUAUGCUCACGCCUCUUUUGGCCGUCGGAUUCCUGACGGUCAUCCUGCUACUCCCGCUGACGCCCUUUAUCCACCGUGUCAAGCACCAGCUGCCGACCUUUUUGUUCCUAGCUUUUAUCGGCACCCUCAUCUACAACCUGGUUGCCUUUCCCUUCUCGUCCGACUACCGAUUCAAGUAUUUCUUCCAGCAGACCAUCGACCUGGACCAGAACACGAACCAGGUGUCCAUCUACGGCAUUCCAGAGUACACCCGCGAAAUCAUUCAAGCGCUUCCCGGAGCCGCCGGCCAGAGUCUGAAUUGCACGGCAACCGAAUCUCGCGUUGCUGUUUGCGUUUAUGACGGAAGCGCGCAGCCUCCUGACGUGGCGCCCGGCUUCGAGAAUAGAGACUUGGUGACACUCACAGCAACCAAGUCCUCUGACGGCAAGUCUGUCAAUCUACAGCUGGACGCUAUCGACACCAGGACCUGCACCAUUAGCUUCUCAUCCCCCGUUUCGGGGUUCGCUGUGGAAAAUGCUGCGCCUCUUGAGAAGCGACCCUCCAGCGGCGUUACUAGCGUGCGCCUGUGGCGACGCAGGUGGGAGGGUCCGUGGAACGUCAGUCUGCAACUUGGUGGCAGCCGUAGUAUCGCGAGCGAGCCGGCGGAGAAGGACAAGAAUGAGGCGCAUGUCAGUGACGAGCUCAAGAUCAGAGCAGACGCGUUCGAAAUCACGGCGAGCUGCAGCUGGAGCGACGCCAACGUGGCCACAACCAUCCCUGCUUUUACGGAAUUCAAGCGGUACGCGCCACGCUGGGCCGUGGUAUCCAAGGCCAGCGUCGGACUGGUCGAGGUGAAGAAGACGGUCAAGAUUUAA